CUCUGCAGUUCUCGCGGUACUCCAGCGGGUCGAUGCCUCGGCAGUAAUGGCCGCACUCGGAACGAUGCCUGAAACAGGGAACGACACAAGAAACAUACCGGGGCCUGAUAGCUGACCAAGAAUAAACUGAAGGAUUCGCGCGUUGCCUCCCCUCCCCGACUGGUGAACGGAUGGGCAGGGGCGGCCGAGCCCUAGCGAUAUAAGCAGCGAAAGAGAAGGCCAGGUCGAGCGACUGUGCUGCUGGGUAGACGAGAAGGAGCAGUUACAGCGACUCACGACUGAGCCGCCGAGGAAAUCGAGAGAGAGCCGCCGAACGGGCAGAGCGGGGUAAGGGGAGGGUAGGGGGUGGGAACACAAGACACGGACAGUGGACAUCCGACGACGGGCUUGGACACGCCGGCGCGGACCCCCCGAACUGCCGCUAUUAUGAGCGGACCGGGCCAGGACAGCGAGCCGGAGGCGAAAGUGCUGCACAUUAAGCGCCUGUACAGGGCUGUGGUGGAAUCUGUUCACAAGCUGGAUGCCAUCAUCAGCAACAAGUCAUCGUACAGAGAGGUCUUCAAGCCCGAGAACAUCAGCUUACGGAACAAACUGCGAGAGCUCUGUGUGAAGUUGAUGUUCCUCCACCCAGUGGACUACGGCCGUAAGGCUGAGGAGUUGCUAUGGAGAAAGGUUUACUACGAGGUCAUCCAGGUCAUUAAAACUAACAAAAAGCACAUUCAUAGCCGCAGUGCGCUGGAGUGUGCUUACAGGACUCACCUCAUUGCUGGCGUGGGAUUCUACCAGCACCUCCUGCUCUACAUUCAGUCACAUUACCAGCUGGAGCUUCAAGACUGCAUUGACUGGACACACGUCACGGACCCCCUCAUUGGUCGAAAAAAGCCAGUAUUGGCUACUGCCAAAGAGAUGGAGUGGGCCCAGAUGGCUUGCCAUCGCUGCUUAAUGUACCUGGGAGACUUGGCACGGUACCAGAACGAACUGGCAGGAGUUGAGGCUGAACAGCUGGCAGAACGUUUCUACCACCAGGCCUUGUCUGUUUCCCCCCAUGUUGGAAUGCCAUUUAACCAACUUGGCACACUAGCUGGGAGCAAGUUCUACAAUGUGGAAGCCACCUACUAUUAUCUGCGUUGCAUACAGUCAGAGACACCAUUUGAGGGGGCCUAUGGGAACUUGAAGCGUCUGUUCGACAAGGCAGCCAAGAUGUAUCACCAGGUGAAGAAGCAGGAGUUGAAGAGGCUCUCGCCCACACGACAGAGGUCAAGAGAUAUCAAGCGUCUUCUGGUGAGCUUUAUGUAUCUGCAGAGCCUGUUGCAGCCGAAGAACAGCCUCCAGGAGACAGAGCUAACUUCCCUUUGCCAGUCUGUGCUGGAGGACUUCAACUUGGUGCUCUUCUAUCUGCCCACACCAGCACACAGCAGUUCAUUGGCCAAUGAGGAGGAAGGAGAGCAUGACACUGGCUGCUCCUUUCUUCCUGAUGCUCUGGUUUUCAAGAUGGCGGUCACUUGCCUCAUGGUGGUACACAGCCUUAAGAAAGGAGGAUCAAAACAGUGUAGUGCAUCCAUUGCCUUCACACUGGCUCUGUUCUCCCACCUCAUCAACCAUGUCAAUGUCCGCCUGCAAGCUGAGCUAGAGGAUGGGGAGGGUGAAGUACCUCCUCUCCACGCUGACAAUACAGAUGACCCAGAAACCAGAGAGACAACAUUCCCAAUGGACUCAGAGGAAAGGGCCCUGCAGAACGGCACUGAGGGAGAAGAUGAGGAAGAUGGCGGUGAUGAGAACCUGUUAGAAGAGGGUGAAAACCAUGCAAUGCAAAGAGAGGGUGAGAAAAAGAGUAGUGAGGGCAAGAUGGAGGAGAAGCAGAAACAGAAGAAGAAGUAUUCCCGCCUCUGUAUGCUGCGUCGGCGGCGUUGUGCUCGCAAGGAGGAUGACAGCGAUUUGAGUGAGGGGUUUGAGAGCAAUGAAGAAGACGACGACGAGGAGGGGGGACCAGCAGAGGGCAUGGGGGCUACAGGACUGCCAGUUAGUGGCUCCUCUCUUGAAAAGGAGGGCAAGUGUGGGCACCUCGAGGAAGGAAACUGGGCGAGUGGCUCUGAGGAUGAGGAAGAGGAGGAAGAGGAGGGGGGCACUGCAUUUGAUAUGGAGACAGAUUCUGACAUGAACAGCCAAGAGUCCCGUUCUGACCUCGAAGAUAUGGAGGACUCGGACAGCCUACAUCAAGAGCAGCCUCAGUCCUCUCCCCCACCCCCACCUCUCCGGGAGGAGGGCUUCACCCCGCCAACAACCAAUGGCCCUCUGCUGCCCAAUGAUCCCAGCAUCACCAGUAACCUGCAGGCUAUGUCCUCUCAGCUCUUUCAAGCCAAGCGCUGCUUCCGGCUGGCUCCCACUUUCAGCAACAUGUUGCUACACCCCCAGCCUGCUCCACAACCCAUUCCUGACUCUUCGGCCUCUGAGGAGAUGAAGGCACCACAGGCAGGGGUGCCCCGCACCACUAGCCCCAGCACAGCUAAUGGAACCAAUGACAAUGGCAAGACACCAUGUCCGCUUACACCAGAAGAUGAAUCAGAUUCUGAAAGCAGUGUACACAGUAACCAGUCAUGUCGCAGUGAAAAGACUCUUUCAGAACGACUGGAAAUUCUCACCAAUCAGGGCCUUAUAUUAGUUGUGAAAGUUUUUGUGGAUUGGCUGAGAACAAAUACUGACAUCAUUGUUAUGUGUGCACAGAGUUCUCAGAGCCUGUGGAACAGACUGUCUGUAUUGCUCAACUUACUUCCUGAUGGCAGCAAGAUUCUGGAGGCAGACCUGGGAUUUGAACAGGAUGUGAUAGAGCUGCUGAACGAGUGUGAACAUCCUAACCUGACUCAGACCGUGCUGCUUCCUGAAGACCUGGCUCUGCGCAACCUUCCAGCCCUCAGCAUGGCUCACCGGCGCCUCGACUUCACUCGUGAGAGGCCAGCUCUCAGUCCCUUGCAGGAGUGUGUGGUGCGGCUGUGCUGCAUCCGCAGCUUUGGCCACUUUCUCACUAAUCUUCAGGGCAAUGUGUUGCACUUCAACCCGGAGGCAGGCAUUUUCACCAGUAUCAGCCAGUCAGAACAGGAGAACUUGGUUCAACAGGCAAAGGCCCAGUUUCGUAUGGCAGAGGAGGAGGCUCGCCGCAACCGGCUGAUGAGGGACAUGGCCCAGCUUCGCCUACAGUUGGAAGUGUCCCAGUUGGAAGGGAGCCUGCAGCAGCCCAAAGCUCAGUCCUCCAUGUCCCCCUACUUGGUGCCUGAUACAGCCGUCCUCUGCCAGCACCUUGGCCUGCUAAGACAGCUGGCCAGCAGUGGCUGUUUCAUUAUCAUCAUCCCACGCACAGUGAUUGAUGGUCUUGAUGUGCUAAAAAAAGAGAAUUCUGGUGCAAGAGACGGAAUCCGAUUUCUGGAAUCAGAAUUUCGUAAAGGCAACAGGUACAUCCGCUGCCAGCGGGAGUCAGGGAGAAGUUUUGAAAGAGACAAACUUAAACGACAGGACACUGAAGCCUGGCACUUGUACAAGAUGGUGGACAGCUGCCGCCAGCUGACAAUGUCUCAGAACAAUGGAGAGGAAGACACUACUGGUAUGGUCACAAUUCUGACUGGACACUCAGUGGAGGACCUCCCAACUCGCUCUGCAGCCAUGAAGUCUGCUGUCCAGGCAGUGGCUGCAGCAGGCAUGGAACUGAAGAACAUCCAGGAGUUCUACCGGCAGUGGAAGGAGAUUGGCUGAAGGUGGGAAGGAACAUGGUCGGCAAGGCAGUCAGCUGAUCACUCUCACUCACUCACUCCCUCUCUCUCCCACUCUUUUGCUCUGUCUGUAUCUGCGUCUUUGGGAAACAUAACUGGAGAAAGAGUGGAGAAAGUGUGACAGUGGAGAGUAAGGAAGGCAAGCAACAUGGGCAUGGGUCUAAGAAAAGAUCAGCAGAUCCCCCCCAUUACAACCAAAGGAAGCGACUCCAAUCAUUUGGGGGAAAAGAAGGCAGUGGGAGGAAAAACAACAAUAGGUGCCUCCGGUACACAUUAUAAUGAGGUAUAUACUGUAUAUGAAUAAAUAAGUAUAUACAUUUUGAGAGAGAAAUGCCCACACACCAACACACACACACAAAUAUAAAUACACACUUAGAAACAUGCUUUUGGAUUUUUGUUUCUUUUUCUUAAGAUCUUGUUGGGAUGAGGAGACAGCCUAGAACAGUCUGGGUUUAACUUGCAUGGCGCAUUAGCCUGGGUUGUGGUGAUAACCUGGCAGAAUGACAUCUACCUUUAAAAAAAAAAAAAAAAAAAAAAAAAAACAAAAAAAAAAAAAUCCUGCACCUGUUCAGGUUUCAGUCAAGCCCAAUAAAGAGUAGCUUUUAAAGGGUUAAGAAGCAGAGGUUUCAGUUUGGUGGAUGUACACUUAUUUGGGAUUGUUUUCUUUCCUAUGUGGUAUUUUUUUUUAUUUAAUUUUUUCCCCCAUGUUCCUUUGUGACCGGUGAUUAACAUAUUGUGCUAAUAUGUGUAUAAGGAGGAGUUGUAAAAUGAUUGGAUUUUGCCCUGGCUUUUUUUUUUGUAUGUUGUACUGUAAACUUGCUUUUCCAAGAUCUGAUAAGGAAACAUUGACAACGGUCAUAGGGGUCCAUGUCUUGUUUCUGCACAAUGUAGUAGACCCCCUUUAUGAAAAAUCCUGCCAUGGUCAGUGAAGGAUGGCUUGAGUCUUUUUUUUUUUUUUUUUUUUUUGCUAGUUUCUCAGUACAGGGCCGUGGAGUAGCUUGACCAGACUGCUCUGGCACUGCUGUCCCAACAAAUUUGUCAAUGCAACUGUAUGAGGACUUUAGGCCCCAACUGUGUGGACCCAUCUCCCCAUUCAUUCAUUCAUCCAUUCACUUGUCCAUGGCUCUGUCCCAUCAUGCACUGUGCAGACAAAUCCAAUAAGUGUGUGGCCACA